UAAUUUAUUGUUUUGUGUGAACGUAUGUUGAUAUGAAGUUAUUGUUUUCAAAUUAAAUAAUAAAAGACAAGAUGGGUAAUGCUGACACAAAAUUAAACUUUCGAAAGGCGGUUGUCCAGUUAACUUCAAAGUCGCAGCCUAUUGAUGCGUUGGACGAUAGCUUCUGGGAUCAGUUCUGGUCAGAGAGCGUAACCAACGUACAAGAUGUGUUCGCAUUGGUUCCCGGUGCGGAGAUACGUGCCUUGCGCGAGGAAUCUCCUAAUAAUUUAGCAACGCUGGUUUACAAGGCUGUGGAAAAACUCGUCAAGGUCGUGGACAGCAGCUGUAGGACGCAAAGAGAACAGCUGAUCGCAUUGAACUGUGCACGUCUUCUUACCAGAGUAUUACCAUAUAUGUUCGAGGAACCCGAGUGGCACAGCUUCUUUUGGUCAUCGCUCCCGGCUGCAGCUGAGAAUGACUCUGUACCGUUAGCACAAUCACUGAUAAAUGCCGUUUGUGAUCUACUCUUCUGCCCAGACUUCACAGUAACGAGCACUAAAAGGACAGGUCCAGAUCGCGCAGAAGAGCUAUCUGGCUUAGACAGCUGCGAGUACAUUUGGGCUGGAGGCGUCGGCUUCGCUCGCAGUCCUCCGAGACACGCGCCCCACGAAGCCGCCAGAACCGAGCUGCUUCGUCUGCUUCUCGUCUGCUUCAGUGAAACCAUAUACAAGCCCCCGCAGCAGGCGGCCUCACAUCACAACAGAUGGAUCGCGUACUUCACGAGUCCGGACAACCGUCACGCCCUGCCGCUGUUCACGUCGUUGUUGAACACUGUCUGCUCCUACGACCCCGUUGGACUCGGCCUGCCGUACAACCAUCUGCUGUUCGCUGACACGCUGGAGCCACUAGUUGAGGUGGCGCUUCAGAUUCUCAUCGUCACUCUGGACCACGACACGAGCAACGCAGUCAGCGAGGACUCCGAGGAAGUGCUGCCGGAUAAUCUGUUCAUAAACUACUUGUCUCGCAUCCACCGAGACGAGGACUUCCAGUUUGCCCUGCGAGGGGUAACCCGUCUGCUGAACAACCCGCUCGCGCAGACCUACCUGCCCAACUCCUCGAAGAAGGUCAACCUUCACCAGGAGCUGCUGGUGCUGUUCUGGAAAAUGUGCGACUAUAAUAAGAAGUUCAUGUACUACGUGCUGAAGAGCAGUGACGUGCUGGAGGUGCUGGUGCCCAUACUGUACCACCUCAACGACUCCAGGGCCGACCAGUCUCGCGUCGGUCUCAUGCACAUCGGCGUGUUCAUAUUGCUACUCCUAUCCGGGGAACGGAACCUCGGCGUGAGGCUGAACAAGCCGUACGCGGCCGCCGUGCCGAUGGACAUCCCGGUGUUCACGGGCACUCACGCCGACCUGCUCGUCGUGGUCUUCCACAAGAUCAUCACCACCGGGCACCAGCGUCUGCAGCCGCUCUUCGACUGUCUGCUCACCAUACUAGUUAACGUGUCGCCGUACCUCAAGACGCUGUCCAUGGUCGCCUCUACCAAGCUGCUGCACCUGCUGGAAGCCUUCAGCACCCCCUGGUUCCUGUUCUCGCAGCCGCACCACCACCACCUGGUCUUCUUCCUGCUGGAGAUGUUCAAUAACAUGAUACAGUAUCAGUUCGAUGGGUCAUUGACCCCGCGUUCGUUCGUUGUUAUACAUUGCAUGCUGUGCUGGGACAUUAGUAAAACGUCUCGCAGCACGGAGUCAGUGGCGGAAACUGCCAUGGAAGGUUCCAGACCCGCGCAGCCUGCCGAGCCGGGGACACUUAACGCCACACUGCCCGAUACACCAGCGCUGGGAACCAUGACGGAGCGCGAGUCCGCACAUCCGCCGGCGGCCCGGGAGCGCCUGCUGCCGGACGGGACCGAGCAACACGACAAGCCGGACAAGACCACCGCGCCUAAGGAGAGCGGGUCGUGGCGCCCGACGGCGGAGUGGGUGGGGGGGUGGCGCGGGAAGCUCCCCCUCCAGACCAUCAUGAGGCUACUGCAGGUCCUCGUGCCGCAGGUCGAGAAGAUAUGCAUCGACAAAGGUCUGACAGACGAAUCGGAGAUCCUCCGUUUCCUGCAGCACGGCACCCUGGUGGGGCUGCUCCCCGUGCCGCACCCCAUCCUCAUCAGGAAGUACCAGGCCAACGCCGGGACGGCCGCCUGGUUCCGGACUUAUCUCUGGGGAGUUAUCUAUAUACGUAACGUGGACCCUCCUAUAUGGUACGACACAGACGUCAAACUGUUUGAAAUACAACGGGUUUAGUUCAAUAAUAAUGAUAACCAAAUUACUUAUUUAUUAUUCGAAUAUGCCUUCGACGUACGAGGCUGUACGGCCACGUAUACUUUGGUCUUAUGAAAAGUAUAUCUUUGAAGGUGGCAUUUCAAAUCUGGUGUCAGCUGUUUUUCUAUUUAAAUUAAA